GGAAAUGAUUCAGUUAUUCGUUAUGUUUUACCACGUUGACAUCGUGUUUUAUGGUCGGUUCGCAUUCGGUUUUCUCACUUGAAAAUAUACACAAACACAAAACAAACUGACUUUGCAGAAACGACGGUCUCUUCGAACGGGCUUCAGCAACACCUUUUUGUCAUUAAAGAAUAACAAACGAAAAUAAAAUCCAACAAAACAACCAUAAACACAAAUUAUUGCUUUACAACUGUGAAAAAAGUGCUGAAAAAGAAUAUAAUAAAGAACUGAACGAUGUGAAAUAAAAAAAAAUAAAAAUCUUGAAUUGAUUUAAGAACAACGAUUUUCGAAGAAGAUCACUUUAGAUUUAUUUUGAUCCGCAGAUACAUUAGUCGGGUGAAAUGAUAAAGUAGACGUUGGAUACACGAAAAAAAAGAAGCCAAAAAAUCGCCAUUAGUGCAAAAUUUUAUAUAUCUAAAUGAAAGAAAAGUAAAAGUUGAACCAACCAUCGAACACAUAAAUAAAAGACAAAAAUAUGUUUUUGCUAAGCGUGCGAUGUAGCUUCAGUUGUUUGCUCAUUAUCGCAUUAACCGGAUUGCUGCAAAUAAUAAAUGCUGAGUCAUUUAGACCGAUAUUCAAUCCAAAUAUUGGUUUGAAAUCGACGGCGCAAAAGAUAACAGCUAUCACAACAACAACCACCACCGUUCGUCCGUUAACUACGAUUUCAGCCACAUUGAAAUCAAGGGUAUCAUCGUUAACCAAGCAGCAAGUGCCACUACAUCAUCAUCAGCAGCAGCAACAACAGCAACCGCUUCGAUCACCGGUGAAACCGUUAUCAUCACCAUUAUCGACGCCACCACGAUCACCGCCAUCGAAACCAACCGACACCGUAGUGUCCGACUCAAAAGAUGCACCAGUAGCCGAAGCACUCCGAGGUGAUCCUUACUACAGGCGAGGCUAUUAUCGCCGUCCAUACUACUAUCCAAGCAAUAAUUUAUAUUAUAAUACACGAACUCGUCGACGACCCAAUCCAAAACCUUACUAUGCCGCACCUGCUGGAUACGGUUAUAAUUCACCCUACGAAGAUUAUCGCUUUGAAAUGGAUUUCGCCGAUCAAAGUGGUUACGCCGCUCCAAAAUCGAAAAAGAAGUCACCAUCGGUCGAUACUGGGAAGGAUUACAUGGGUGUGAUUGAUACUGAUAUUGGCCAAUUUUACGAUACACAGUCCGCAACGUAUAAUGUGGCUCCGUUGAAAAGCUAUGAACAAUCCGGAUAUUAUUCGAGUGGUGUGGGUGUGAGCACAGGUGCGGGUGGCGGAUCGAUUGGAUCGAAUCUUGGAGCUGGAUCAGGUGUUGCCUAUUCUGAUUAUAGCGACUUGGAUGAAUACAAAUUCUCGACAUUAAAACCCAAAUCGGGCUACAACGCAUUGCCGUCACGUGCACCAAUCAAGCAAACAAAAACACGGUCCAAGUACAACAACUACGAUGACAAUGACUAUCGAUAUUCAAGUGAUUCAAGUGGAUAUGGAACAUCCGCACCGGAAAUUGAAGAAAUAACCACAGAUCCAGCAACAUUGGCCAAAUACAAUAAUGUCUAUCUGCCACAGCAUACAAUCUAUCAAACGGCACCAAAAUCUAAACCGAAACCAAAACCGAAAAUUACCACCACAACAACGACGACACACAGUCCACCGAUACGCUUCAGCGAUACAUCCAUCGAUGUUCUAACGAAACCACUAGGGUCGGCUACUUUUAACUUGAAUUUAUCGCCCGGGACGGUGUACAAUCAACCACCAGUGCCUCCUGUAUACAAUCCCAUUGCAACGAAUUACAAACCAAUACCCAUUCAACCGCCAGCCACAAGCUAUGGCGUUCCAAUCGCACCACCUCUGAAUUCAUACACUUAUCAAAAUGCCUAUUCGAACCAGUUCAACGGAUAUCCACCAUCGAAUGGCAACAAUUACAACAUUAAUCCUGCGCAAAUUUCAAUCACCAACCCAACGCCACGAGUUCCGGGCCCAUUUGCCGAACCGCCACCUAUAAAUCAAGUGCAAUUAUCGAAUAUCGAUGUUAAUUACAAUAGUGUGCAAUCUUCUUACGAUGCAACGCCAAAAAAUACACGACCUAGCAAUAAAAGAAAACCGGCCAAAGUGAAUUCGAAACGUGUCCCAACGAUACCGCCGCCGUUAAAUACAGACGAAGAAAUUGUUGAAGAUGAACGCGAACAAAAUGAUUAUACGGGCGAAUCGUAUUCGUAUUUCAAAACAAUGCCACAACCAUCGCUGCCCAAUACAUACGAUCAAGAGGAAUUCCAUACGGUGAAAAAUAAACGAAAACAACCGAAACAAUCGUCCAAUUUCUACUACGAACGAGACGAAAAAACGGCACGAACAACGAAAAGACCAAAGCAGCCGAUCGAGGUAACGCUACGCAUUCCGGAUGAAGAUUAUCUCGACGAUUUGGUGAAAGUAGUGCAAACGACCCGGCGACCGAAGAAGAAAAGCAAACAAACCACAUCCCACGUUUUAGAUACGGAAGAUUUGCGCGAUGCCUACGAUCACAAUUCGGCUUAUUAUGCGAAGAAAAAGAAUAAAUCUCGCACUCGACAUCAGCAAAAUGAUUACGAAAACAACGAAGACGAAGAUGAUUAUGGGGAUGAGGACUAUGACAACGAUCGGGUGUCGCACAUCACUAGCCAGGAGCAAGAAAAGACAAAAUCACAGGAUACUGGAACGAAUACGGAUCGUGAUCAAGAUCCGGUGGAGCCAAGGUAUUGGGACAAAUCGGCAAGCAUCUACAAACAAUACGGAAUUCGAGCGAGAAACGAUAAUUUUCCAGUAGGCAGCAGCUAUGAAGUGUACGGUAGCAAUGGCUUCCGUCCCAUUCGCAAAGAUGAUCGAACCGAUAUUUACGCCGCAAGCCCAUCAAAUAUUCGACCGACUUAUGUGCGUGACAUUCCAUCGUCCGGCGAUAAUAAAUAUUCCAAUGGAAAUCGAAUAUCCACUACACCGCGACCAGUGACGGCAUCUACAACACAAGCGUCGACACUGUACGUUUGGGACGGCAAAGGAGAAUUGCCGAAAAAUCACAAAAUGGUAUGACAAGAACACUGAGUGAAUGAACCGAUGAACACACAUUUGGUUGAAAAUUGUGCAUUUGAACAUGUAAAUUAAUUGCAUCUUCUUUACUUUUAGAUUAGCUUUAAAAACUUGCGAAUAUUUGUAAUUUUAGCUUAAUUUAUUUUUAAUAAAAAAAAAAUAAAAUAAAAAUCGAGACACAA